CGCGGCCCCUUUGCGCGCGCCCUGCGCCGUCAGCCGCGCCCCUUGCCGGGCUCGUCGAAAAGGCGCCGGCCGGCAUCUGCCCGCAGGCAUGUGGUAGCGGGCCCGCCAUGCGAUUCGGCGCCCGUGCUCCCCUGGCGCUGGGACGGGCAUAGGACCCGGCACCCGUGCGGCUUGUGUGGUGGGUUUUGUUCAUGCUGCCCAGCUCGGAAGCACGAGAGCGGGCCGCUGCAAACGCCGAGCAAGGGCAGCGCCGUGACCGUGUGCAGCGCCCCCGGCGGGGCGGCGCUUUGGGUAGUUUGGCCCCC